AGUGUUGCCACUGGUAGACUUAAAGUGUGAUCGUGUACAAAAUAUAACAUCACACUACAAUAUAGACCAGUCCCCAUGACUAUCAUACCGUCAGUGUAUGAGUAUCUCUGACAAUUCUCUCGUACGUGUGGUACGUCAUGUAAUCUAAUCUGAAGCAAUCAGAUUGCGAAGAUUUACUUUGCCACGGCUCAGCGUUGCCGCUUGUCGCAUUCUCACGGAAUCGCCCGAGAAGCGCACAUAUAAAUGUCAUCAACAGUAUCAGUUUUGAACGCAUGGGUUUGGGCGGCGAAAAGAGAUUAUGUGUCAGAAACUAUGAACAUGAUGCCAAAACAUGUUGUCAUCUGUUGUUCAUCUAGCUGCCGUUAUGUGCCGCCAUGUGCGUGAGGCAACAGCGCAUCGAACUGUCAACAUGUAGCCGGAAUUUUUGCAUUAGACUGAAGUAAUUACAAUAGUGUAAAAUGUAGUAGUGUAUUAUUAAUAUGCAUUUUAUUGCCUCGUCUAUCAAAAACAAUUUUUAAAAAAAUUAAAUAAAAUCAUUGAGUAUAAAAGUUGUUUUUGCCUUGUACGCUAGAACCAAUCACAGCGCUUUGGUGGCAUGGUGGAAUUUGGCGGGUUUAGUAGGAAGCAUUAAAUGAUCGAGGAAUGCAUGUUGUUUGUUGACAGAUGUAAUUGUAAAAAGAAACAAAUAUGAGAUAUUCAGUGAGCAAUAUUUAUAGUUUGUCCUGACAUCAUUGUCGUAGACCAUAACCCGGUUUGAGGGUGAUGUGCGUUUAUUGUGAUCGCUAACUCAUGGUUGAAUGUUUGUUGAUAAAUACUUGCUGUCAUCUUAAGUAUUGCUCUUUACAUUCAUUAUUGUACGUUAUUGUUGGCUGUGGAAUUACGUGAAUUUGAGUCGAGUUAAUGUCUUCUUGUCCUGAGCAUUAUGGAAGAAUCAACUUCGAAAAACAGUGGUUCAAAAUAUGAAAAUGUGGACAUAGAGGAUACAAUCUGUACCAAAAAAAGAAAAUUGUCUGAAGAGAGCGGCUUUCAAAGGAAAAAAUUACAUUUAUCGAAGUUUAGCACUCGCAUUUCACCACCCAAUGUCCCAAAAACUUGUAACUUGUGUGGAACGCAGUGUGAAAGCAAAGAGAAUUGUAGUGGCUGUGUGAAUAUUGGCAGGACAUCUGUGAGUACGCUUUCAAAUAAUUGUGGUAAAGUGAAUUCUUCUGAUGAAUUCUUACAAAUGAUCCAUAAACCUAAAACACUUAAUUUUACUGCAAGAAAUACAGAAAUUGUUUCUUCUAACAAUAAGAGAUUAAAGGUUGUGAAAGUUGAAAGUGACGACAAAGAGAUUAGUUCAAAAGUUAUUAAUGAAAAAGAAAAGAUUUUGCAAGAGUGCCUGUCUAUUACUGAAAGUAAUGAUGAAAAUAGAAUUAAAAAUGUGACUGCUGAUAAGACUGAUAAUUCUCGUCAAACUCUAUCUAAUGAAUUUGAUGGCCUCUUAGAUGAUUGGGAUUUAGAAGAGGCAUUCUGUGCAAACAAUGUAGGAGAUUUAAGUUUAGAUGAAUGGCAACGUUGUGAAAUAGUGGAAGUGCAUGAAGAGGUUCCUAGUCGCAAUACCAUUCUCCAACUUCGAUCAGUACAUACAAAUGCUGUUACAAAAUGUGUCCUGCGAGGAGUUUGGACAUCCAACAGCAUCAAACCUGGUUCCAUUGUUAGUGUGAAAGCUCACUUUGAUAGUUCCCUAUGUGCAUGGACUAUUGAUAAUGAUGGAGGAUUUAUUGUUGAAUUUUCUGACAUCUUAAUAUCUCCAACUAGCAUUGUGGGAUCUGUAUCUUGUUUACGCCAAGGUGUACUUAAUUUCUUAUACAGCAGAAAUUCACAUAGCGUUGAUGAAAAUUCUAAACUUUUAGCUACUGGGAGUCUUGUACACGAGCUACUUCAGCAGAUUAUGUCCCAAGGCACAGACUCUCCUGAAUGUAUUGCUGCAUUAGUGGAAGAAAUAAUAUCUUCCUCAUAUAAUGUUCGACUUCUGUAUGCAAGUAAAAUGUCUUUACAUGAAGCUCGUGAAGAAUUAUUGAAAGUUGUUCCUAGCAUACAGAAGUUCUGCCAACGUUAUUCAUUUGGAGAAAGAACUGUGGGUAAUAUGGAGAAAAACUCUACAAUGCCACAAUCUACUGAUAAAGAUGCUUGGGAAGGGGAGAUUAAAUCUGUUAUUGCUGUUGAAGACAAUUAUUGGAUACCAGAGUUGGGUUUAAAAGGAAAGGUGGACAUUACAGUUAAAGCAAAAGAAAAACAUCAAUCUCAAAAUCAGAUAAUGCCCAUUGAGCUGAAGACUGGUGCUGCCAAAAACUCUGUUGAACAUAGAGGACAAGUAAUUUUAUACUGUUUGAUGGCAGCUCAAGUUAGUCCUAAUGUUAGUGGAGGAUUGUUGGUAUACUUGAGGGAAGGAUUUGCAAGAAAAGUUGAGGUGGGCCGUCCAGAACAAAGAGAUAUUGUUAUGCUUCGAAAUAGAUUAGCUCGAUAUAUUGCUCCAUUUUAUUCAUCCCAGCAAGAAUCAAACGAUAAAGAAUUUCCUUUACCUCGUCCAACCAAUAACUCUCGUGUAUGCGAGUGGUGUCCUCAGAAGUUAGUGUGUUCUGCAUUUCUCAGUAUGUCUGGAGGGGACCUGACAAAGUCCUCAGCUCAAGAUUUACGUAGUGCAUGUAUUAAACAUUUGUCACAUGAACAUUUAAAUUAUGUAGUACAUUGGAGUAAUUUACUGUGGUUAGAGGAGAAAGACAAAUCAAGAAAUGCCUUAACAGAUCUCUGGAGCAUUCCAGCUGAAAAACGGGAAGCGAAAGGACGAUGCCUUUGUAACCUUCAAUUAAAUGAACCAGUCAAAUUUAAGGAUGUUGAUUCAUACAGUCAUGUUUUCAGAAAAAAUAACGAAGGCAAAUUUGAUACUAAUUCCAGUCAGAUUUCUUCAGGGAGUAUGGUUCUUGUGAGCACUGACUGUAGAGUUGCUAUUGCAUUUGGAAUUAUUGAAGAUUUUAAUAGUUUGUCCGUGAGAGUUGACAUUCCAAGAGAUUUAUCCCAAGUGGGUGAAUUGUAUGGUAAUUCAUUCAAGCUUGAUCUCUAUGAACCACAAAGUUUCUUGCACUGGGUACUAGGGAAUCUUGCAGCCCUUCUUGAGGACACAGAGACAGCUUCUAAGUUACGCCGAUUGUUGAUUGAUCGUGAACUUCCAUCUUUUGACCCAAGUUGUGAUAAUUCAUCUGAAGUGAAACAAAAUUCUCAAUUUACUUUAAAUGAUUCUCAGCAAAAAGCAAUUAAAAUGGCUCUCAAAGCAAAAGAUUAUUUGCUCCUAAGAGGGCUUCCUGGAACAGGAAAAUCAACCACCAUUGCUAUUUUAAUACAACAGUUUGUAUCUCAAGGACAGUCUGUGCUUCUGACAGCACACACACAUUCUGCUGUAGAUACUGUUCUUUUGAAGCUCUUAAAACUAGAAGUACCUUUUAUGCGCAUUGGAUCACAUGUGCGUGUGCAAGAAGCUAUUCAUCCAUGGACUGAACACAGUCUGACCAAACAUUGUUCUACUCCUGAACAGCUGGAGGACACAUAUAAAAAACAGACUGUAGUUGCUGCAACAUGUUUGGGAAUAAAGCAUGCUAUGUUCACACGCCGUUCCUUUGAUGUAUGCAUUGUUGAUGAGAGCACGCAGGUCUUGCAGCCUGUUAUCUUGGGUCCAUUACUUCAUGCUAAAAAAUUUAUUCUGGUGGGUGAUCCCCAACAACUUCCUCCUGUUGUACGCAGUUCUAUUGCCAGUGAGAGGGGCCUGUCAAAGUGUUUAUUCUCACACUUGGCUAGACCUGAAUCGACUGCCUCAUUGGAUUUCCAGUAUCGAAUGAAUUGCAAAAUUACUGAUCUUGCUAAUGAUCUAACGUAUGGUGGGAAGUUGAAAUGUGCCUCUCCUGCAGUUGCUGAGGCCACUCUACAACUUGCUAAUGAAAAAAUUCAAGAUUGUUGCCCACCUUGGAUGACAAAAGCUCUCUCUUGCAAACUUGAAGAUUCUGUUGUGUUUCUAAACGUUCCAAAAACGCAGGAAAAAGUGACUGAUUGUAUUAAUAAAGAAGAAGCACUCAUUGUGAAACAGCUAAUUGAAUUAUUUUUAAAGGCUGAUGUUGAUUCCACUACCAUUGGUGUGAUGGCACCAUAUCGGAACCAGGUGAAAUACAUCAUUUCCAUAAUGCAAGAUAUUCCAGGAAUUGAAACAAACACAGUUGAUCAGUAUCAGGGUCGAGACAAAGAUAUUGUGAUAUUUUCAUGUACAAACAAUUGGAGUUCAAAUAAUACAUCAAAUGCAGAUUCCUGUAUUUUAAAUGAUGAGAGAAGAUUGACUGUUGCUAUUACAAGGGCCAGAUUUAAACUUAUUAUAAUUGGUGAUGUUUCAGCCCUGCAGUGCUUUGCUCCUCUAAAACAUAUCAUCAAUUCACUUGAUAAUAAUAAUAAUAUUGUACAAGUACCAGAUUGCUAGAAAAUUUGUAUGAUUGGAACAAAAUAUUGAAUUUUGUAUGUUACAUAUUUGCUCAAGGAAUUUUUUUCUGUCUGGAAUUAUUUUUUGUACUCUUGACUAUUUUUCUAAUUAAAUGUGAUUGUCAACUAAACUGUUUGAGUUCACUUCCAUAAAAAUGUUUAUCAAACAGGUGUACUUUGUUUUAUCAAAACCAUAUGUAUGUUAUUACUGG